AUGGGAGACCAGAUGGAACCAGAGGAGUUUAAAUCCUACCAGGCGGCCUUUGAUGCUUUUGACUGGGGACACAAUGGGAAAAUAAAAUACAGUUCACUUCAGGCCGCUAUGCGAAGAGCUGGUCAAAACCCUACCGAUGUUGAAGUUCUAGAUAUCAUUAACAAAAUAGAUGAUGACUCAGGGUGCCUGGAUUUUCAGGAAUUCUGCUAUAUCAUGACGGAACAGAAUAAGCAGGCAGAUCAAGAAACUGGAUACAAAGAAACCUUCAGAGUAUUCAGUAAAGAUGAGGAGGGUUGUAUUCCAGCAGAGGAAAUCAAGUAA